UCUCUCUCUCCCCCCACAUUUUCGCCAAUAAAUACCUCUCUUCUCCUCCUCGUCCAAUCCCUCCAAUUCGUGUCCCAUUCAUCUACACUUGUACCAAAAACCUCUCUCUCUCUCUCUCUCUCUCUCUCUCUCUCUCUCUCUCUCUCAUUGAAUUCCAAUUCUUGCUAUCCUUCUCCGCCAUCGUCCAUGGAUUCCUGCUGCAAAUCUCUUCGCGACUCUUCUCCUUUCGAUUGCCUCCUCUUCGAUUUGGACGAGACUCUGUAUCCUUCGGCGCUAGGGAUCGGCCAAGCCACCAAACGAAACAUCGAUGAUUUCCUCGUCGAGAAGUGUGGAUUCCCUGUGACGCAAGCUCCGACUCUACGCGUGGAGCUCUUCAAGACUUACGGAAGCUCUCUCGCCGGUUUAAGAUUAUUAGGCUAUGACAUCGACGCGGACGACUAUCACAGUUUCGUGCACGGAAGGUUGCCGUACGAGUCGAUCAAACCAGACCCUCAGCUUCGAAACCUUUUGCGCAGCAUCAACCAAAGAAAAAUCAUUUUUACCAAUUCGGAUCGGAACCAUGCGAUGAAGGCGUUAGAUCGGCUGGGAAUCAGAGACUGCUUCGAAAAAAUCAUAUGCUUCGAGACAUUGAAUCCGAACCUCUCGAAAUCGACUCGUCCUGAUGAAUUCCCUGUUGUGCUGAAACCAUCACUGGAAGCCUUCAGGAUCGCUAUAGAUGUCGCGGAGAUCGAUCCCUGUCGUACGUUGUUUCUCGACGACAGUCUCCGGAAUGUCGCCGCCGGCAAGGCCUUGGGUCUCCGAACUACUAUGGUUGGGAAAUCAGGGAAGUUCAAAGAAGCCGAUUAUGCAUUAGAGAACAUAAACAGCCUGGCCCAAGCAAUUCCAGAAAUAUGGUUUGGUGAAGGAGAGAAUGAAAAUCAUAGGUUGAGCCGAACCAGAAGCCAAAUUGAUCCCGCACUUGCUACGGCAUCGGUUGGGGCUUGAUCGGUUUACUUCACUUCCACGACCUGCCCGUACCAAGCAUUGGGCUCCACCUCGUUGUACAGACGAAGAACUUAUCAAACGGUUGCGCGAACUGGCUUAGCUGAUGGAGUGCAACUUCUAUUCUGAAGACCGUAGUCCUACUUUAACCAAUGAUGUACGAAACGUUACGCCACUUCUUCUCUUUGACGUGGCGUAAACCCGUUUUUUAAAAUACGUUCUUGGGUGUAACGUUGCACAUAUUAUCUUAAAUAUGAGUGUAUGUAUGUGAUUGCAAAGAAUAAAAGUGAUUUACCUGUA